AGGGAACACGUUUUAUUUUACAUCGGAAAAUAUUUACAAAAAUUUUGUUAAAGUAGCCUCUCCGCGUGCAUUAGUUUCGCUUGAUGCCUGUAAGUUUAGAGUCCUGCUCAUCCUGAUAGAGACCAAUGCAAUUCAUUUGCAUUGACUUUCUAUUGUAGAGCUUUGGAACCAAGGGAAGGAUCCAAACAUAGCUCCAUUUUAUCCAAUCAGAAGAGCCGCUUAGUGCUAAACUGUGAUUCGUCCAUUCCUCUUUGCAUCUAGCCAAUCAUUAGGCCACUUUAACAGCCAAUCAGCGGCCUAGAUAUGCACCAAUCAAGGAACAGAGCCGAAGCACGGCCUUUGUGUCGGGGGAUGUCAGCGCGUCGGCGAAAGCGCCCACCAAUAGAAAAAGUCGUUGGUGUAUGCAAAUAAGGGUUUUAUGACGCAGAGACGCAGCGUGAAGCGUGGGUAUAAAAACGGAGGCGUCGAGGGGGCUUGGAGCGCAGAGCGGUUUGGUCGUUCGUUGUGGUCGUGUCGUUUCUUUGCUUGUCGACUGCGGCUCUUCCUUGGGUAGCGGAAGCGGCGCGGCGGUCGGAGAAGUGGCCUAAAACUUCGGCGUUGGGUAAAAGAAAAUGGCCCGAACCAAGCAGACUGCUCGUAAAUCCACUGGUGGGAAAGCCCCCCGCAAACAGCUGGCCACGAAAGCUGCCAGGAAAAGCGCUCCCUCUACCGGCGGGGUGAAGAAACCUCAUCGCUACAGGCCCGGGACCGUAGCGCUUCGGGAGAUUCGUCGUUACCAGAAGUCGACCGAACUGCUCAUCCGGAAGCUGCCUUUCCAGAGGUUGGUGAGGGAGAUCGCGCAGGAUUUCAAAACCGACCUGAGGUUUCAGAGCGCUGCCAUCGGUGCGCUGCAGGAGGCUAGUGAAGCGUACCUGGUGGGUCUGUUCGAAGAUACUAAUCUGUGUGCCAUCCACGCUAAGAGAGUCACCAUCAUGCCCAAAGACAUCCAGUUGGCUCGCCGGAUACGGGGGGAGAGAGCUUAAGUGAAGGCAGUUUUUACGGCGUUUUGUAGUAAAUUCUGUAAAAUACUUUGGUUUAAUUUGUGACUUUUUUUGUAAGAAAUUGUUUAUAAUAUGUUGCAUUUGUACUUAAGUCAUUCCAUCUUUCACUCAGGAUGAAUGCGAAAAGUGACUGUUCACAGACCUCAGUGAUAUGAGCACUGUUGCUCAGGAGUGACAAGUUGCUAAUAUGCAGAAGGGAUGGGUGAUACUUCUUGCUUCUCAUGAUGCAUGUUUCUGUAUGUUAAUGACUUGUUGGGUAGCUAUUAAGGUACUAGAAUUGAUAAAUGUGUACAGGGUCCUUUUGCAAUAAAACUGGUUAUGACUUGAUCCAAGUGUUUAACAAUUGGGGCUGUUAAGUCUGACCAUACAUCACUGUGAUAGAAUGUGGGCUUUUUCAAGGGUGAAGAUACAAGUCUUAACCACAGUGUAACUUACAGUUUCCUUUAAAAAAAAAAAAAAAAAAAGUAAACCUGGCAGCUAUAGAAUACACUAUGUGCAUUUAUAAUAGCUAUUUUAUAUAUUGUAGUGUCAACAUUUUUAAAUUAAAUGUUUUACAUUCACAAGUGGUGGGGAGUCUUUGUCAUUAAGGUGUGUGUAAUUUAGAGUCCAGUUGGUUUUCUUCUGACUGCACUUGUUUUCAUAGUAGUAAAAUGCUAUGCGCAUUUAUACCUUGCAUAAGUCCUCAUUCUACCACAUGUGAACUAACCCUCUAGCUGAUAAUGCAAACACUAACGGGGGAUUUUAUUUAUAAGGGCUCUAGAAUAAAAUACGAGUUAUUCACACCAGCAGCAUCUGUUAACUAAUAUUCUGAACUAGUUAGUGCAGCUUUUCAUUGUGUUGUGGUUGGUCUCUUAACUAGGUUGAGUGUUUUUUUUCUCCUCUGCUAAGAGGAAACAAUACCGAAGUUUAUUUUUAUUUUUUUUGUGACAUUUGUAUUAUAAAAACCUGGUGUGGGGAGGGGCAUAAAGCUCCAAACCGCUGAACCUCUGCCAGUUAAGAUGGUGUUGGGUUAGGUUACAUCUGGUUACUGUCCUGAGAAAAUCACUUUUAUAGAGAUGGCCUUCCAAGUGGUUUAAAGAUUUAUCCUUCUAUUGAAGUUUUUAGGUCAAUUAUGUAUGUUGACUAAAUUUACAAAUAAACUUGUUUAUCCAA